AUGGUUGACGUGGACACUGCAGAGCAUCCUGCUCCGGUGGCCCCUGUAGAUGUUCUCACGCGGGAGGAUGAGCUGGAGAGGUUUCGGGUGGCAUGGAGAGCAGAAGUGCUUCAGAAGAAGAGCACAUUAGCGUCCACGGUCCUGCCGCCCAUCAGCCAAUUGUCAGGGAAUGCAGACCAACUACAUGACCAAGUCUAUUGGGGCCCGUCAACAUCAUCAGCACAGUUAGAUUUGGCAUUACAGAGACUGACGACAAAACCACAGCCUGCCGCACGUGCGUCUCACGAGGGCGCUUCAACACUUCCCUCUACUCGUUGGGCCAUCGACCUUUAUCAUGAGGCUUUAGAGUGCGAACAGCAGGGAAACCUAGACGAGGCACUGGUACUAUAUCGCCGAAGCUUCAAGCUGGAUAGCAACGUCGACAAGGCCUACCAUCGCUUGGUAGCAAGACAAUCCUUGCAGUCUCGGUCGAUCUCUCAACAACAAUCUACCUCCAAGCAGACCCAAGAUAACUUAUCAUCUGCGAAGCGACCUAUCUUGAACAGCUCUCCGCAUACCAGUCGAUCGAUAUCAUCUUUGCCGCACAUCAUCUCUUCCUUCGAACCACGUCCUAUCAUUUUCGCACCCGAGGAUGAACAUCUGCCUUGCCCAUUGCGAAGGCUCCCGGACGAACUAAUCCUUCACAUUCUAAUGCUACUGGCGUGUGACAGGGAUAUCACCACCGUUGAGCGGUUUGCCACAAUUAGCUUGAAAGGCAGACUUUUGGCAGCUGACAGCUCGAUAUGGAGAUUUAUCUGCGAAUACACCUAUAUCCCUCCGCAAAUCAAAGAGGAUCUCUCGGCGACCAAGAUUGCGUCCCUUUACGGGUACAAUUACCGGCAUACCUUUAUACAUCAUCCGCGAGUGCGUGUUGAUGGCUGCUACAUCGCUGUGUGUCAUUAUAUCCGUCCUGGUCAAAGCGAGAAUGCCUGGGUAGCGAUCCGGCACCUGAUCACAUAUCACCGUUUACUGCGUUUCUAUCCCGAUGGCACUGUAGUGUCCCUCUUGACCAAUGAGGAGAAACCACUAGCGGAUAUCGUUCAUCUGCUGAAACCGGAAAUUCGCGUGAAAGGAUCUCAACUAGGUACAUGGUCCCUGGAGGAUUCCCAAAGUCGAUUACGAAUCCGUCACUUGAGGGCCGCAGACCCGGGCGGAAGAGGUGCUCUGAAGUAUGAGUUUGCAAUGGAUUUGACAAUAACGAGCUCGCGGAACAUGAGGCAAGUCGAAUCAGAGAUGCAGUGGUACGCAUCGGUGAAUGUUGCCACGGGUGAAGUGCAAGAGCUCCCAAUCAAACGGGAAAGACCUUUCUACUUUUCCAAGGUUAGGUCAUAUGUGGUAUGA